AUGUCACAGAGAAGAGAUUUUGUGGCGAGGCCUGCCGAAGGAGGGACCCAUCUGGCACAUCGGCUGGCAGAACUACGUGAGCAGCUGCAGAACUCCGCUCUGUAUCGGCCGGGCUCUAGCAAACGUCAAUCCCGUUCCGAAAGGGACGAGCGGCGUCAUGACCGAGAACGCCGGCACGAUCGAGUCGAGCGACAAGACCGUCACCCUGGUGGCACCUUCGACCCGUACUCGCGCCAAAACCUUGACCAAGGUCAUGCUUCCAUGACGAAUGGAGCAUUCUCUCGGAUGCAUGGCUCAUCCCGCCGCCAUCGGUCACGAAGAUCUGCAGAAGUUGAUGGUCGGCAUAGGGAGGGACGGCAUCAUUCCAGGCGCAGGAAGUCUGCCUUUACUCUGCAAGAAAUCUCGACCAUGGCGAGGGGAGACGCAAGCGGAUCUCGGUCCAGGCGUUGGGAUGCCUCCUGGCAAGCAACUGGCAAGAAGGAGGCGCCCGUCUUCACGGUUCCCGAGGACGUAGCUCGCGAAUGGCAGGCAAGGCACUUGCAUGCCUCUCGCAGCCGCAGUCAGCGACGUCAGCAGGGGCAGGAGAUUCGUGAUGGAAAGGACGGAGGUGGCCGCUACAAGCGUGCUGGUUAUGGUGGCUAUGGCUACGGCCUGGGCCAGGAUGGCGAGGCGCCAGCAUCAGCCCAACCACCGCGCGUGGAAGAAGCGGCACAGGUGGUGGAAGACACCAUCGAGGAGGAGGAGGAAGAGGAAGAGGAGGAAGAAGAGGAGGAGGAGGAUGAUGAUUUCGCGGAGGAUCCGACACUGGACCCGCAAGAUCACAGACACAGAGAAGAGCACAGGCUCUUGCAGGAGCGGCUGAAGCAAGCGCAGCAAGAGCUGGAGCAGUCCAGGCAGCAGCAGGAGGAUGUACGCAAGGACCCUGCGCUCCGAAACGAGGUUGCACAACCGGGGCGGUCGGCAGAGCCACAAGCGCCGGACUUGGCAGAGUUUAGCUUGGACGAGGAUGAUGACGAGGCGGAAGCUGAGGGAGAUGGUGAUGAAGGUGGAUCGGCGGCUGAUGAGGUAGCUCAUGAAGAUCCUUACGUGGAUGCCUUUGAGAUGAACGAUUCUGAUGAUGAGGGAGAGAUAUACCGGGCUGCGUUGGAGAGGGCCGCAAGACAAGCAGGUGACUCGGAACAGCAGGCCGACUCCUCCGACGCUUCCCCUGAUUCCGAGGCGCCACAAGCGCCAGAGACGGAACAAGGAGAUCAGAUGCCUUCGGAGGCGGAGCCCAAACUUCCAGAAGUCGUAGCGGUUACGGCAGCAGCUUCGGCGGCGCCUUCGGCAGCGGCACCGGUGCCACAGGUGAUGCGGAAACCGGAUGCUCCACAAGUGAAGCCACCAAGUGUGGAGGCCAGCACAACAGCUGAGCUCAGACCUGUGAUGCAUGCGGUGGAAGUGCGACAGGCAGCUGCUCCGCGCAGCACACCACCCACUCCUAGCACCCCAAGCCGUGGAAAUGCCAACAAGAAGCCUCGAGUCGUCAACGACUCAGCUCUUGUUGCGGGUUGGCAUGAGCUCCUAGUACGGACGCGGCGUCACCCUGAUUUCCCUGCUGAGUACACUUCGUGCUUUGGCACGGUGGGCCGAAACUGGCUGAAAGCAACACGUGCCAAAGGCCGGUUCGUCCUGGGAAUUGACUGCGAGAUGGUUUAUGCCAAGGAUGACAAGGAUGCUCUGGCGCGAGUGUCUGUGGUGAGCUGCUCUGGUGUCAUCUACGAUGCUCAUGUUCAGAAGCGAGCGGAGGAUGUGUUGGACUACCGGACUCGGAUCUCUGGAGUCGAGGCGCACCACCUCCUUGUGGAGAAUGGAGCCCUGCCCUUUGAGCAGGUUCAGCGGGAGGUACUAGACUUGAUCUCUGUGGAGACUAUUCUGGUGGGUCACUCACUCCACAAGGAUCUGCGUGCGCUGAAAAUUCAGCACGGGAAAAUCGUGGAUACCGCCCUCAUUUUUGCAGUUGAAGGCGGUAGCCAACGAAGACGGCACAAGCUCAACAGCUUGGUCACCCUGAUGAGGCCAAAGGUUCCAACACUCCAGCCUGUACGUCCCGGGGCACAUGAUCCUCGUCAGGAUGCACAAUGGGCUCUGCAGCUGGCGCUGUACGAGGCUUCUAUCCACCCAGCGACUACCAAACCCCUCAAGCUUCUAUCUUUUCCAAAGACCAUUUUCCUCAGUGAGAUUCCGAAGGGGACAUCUGCCAAGGAGUUGCAAGCUUUUUUCGCGCAUGGUACAUGUGCCGAGGUGAACUUCCACCUCCAGUCAGAUACAUCUCACUGGUUGGGAACAACCACAGUCACAUUUCUUUCGCAGGCAGAACGCGACAGAGCGUUUACUGACUUGCCUCGUUUCGUGCGUGUCUAUGUUGGCCCUCUGAGAGAUUGGGCUGGCAGGACCGACACAGCAAAGAUGCAGGCCUCUCUUAAGGAGCACUUCCUGAAGUUCGGCCGAGUACGAAGUUGUCGGGUGAUGGUUCCCAGGGGGUUCUCGUCUGCCCUACCGUCUGGCUUGCUGGAAUGCCAUCCUACGGCUGCAAGGGUGGUGCUUACCAACAAGCAGGCACAGUCCUUUCCAGGGCAUCGAUCGCUCUUCAAAGUCAGCCUUGCAGAAGCAGAGGCCAACGAGACCCGAUGUGCCGUGCCUUUGUCCAAGAACGGAUCCUUCUUGGCACGACUUGGCUGA